AUGUUUCGAAAUGGUAAGUUUUCUGAAACAACUCCAUCAAAACAGUCACGAAGUGAACGUUUUCAAGAAAUGUCAAAGCAACAACAAUUAAUUGAACAGAAAAAACGUGAAAUUCAAGCUAGGUUUGAAGAAAAAAAAAAGAAAAUUGCUGAACUAACAGGAGAAAAUAAAUCACAACAACCUUUGGUUAUUACUAAAAAUGCAAUAAAAUUGGAUAAAAUUAAAUCAUUUUAUCAAAAAUCCAGGAGUACAAAAAAGAAUGAAACUUCGGCAAAAGGUUCUAAUGAAGAACUUCCAUAUGAGUCAACAGGAGCUCAUAAGAAUAAACCUAGUUUAGCCGAUGUUUUUGAGAAAGAUAACAUUUCUGAUUCAAAAGAUUUUGAAAAUAGUAUUGAACCAGAACUUGAACAUGGACCAAAAUUAGAGUCGAAUUAUUGCCUAGAAGCUUAUAAAGAACCUGAAACCUUUAUUCCAGAUCAUCAUUUUAUUGGAUAUAAUAUUAAUCAAUCAUACCAACCACCCAACUUUUACAACACUCCAUCUGUUCAAGUAACUUCAAUCCAAACUCAACCUCAGACUACUGUGGUUCAAGUUCCUACUGUAUCAAUAGUUACCACACAUCCAAUUUUACAAAUUUCACAACCAACUUCAAUGUAUCAGGCACAAAAUCCAGUAUUUAUAACACAAAAUAAUUCAAAAAUGACUAUUCCUCAUGGUCCUUAUCAACAAUAUCCAUUGCAAACUCCUCCACUGACAGCUACAAUAGUUACGGAUACUACAACAACAACAACUGUACCUCGUAAUGCUGAUGAGCAACCAUCACUUAUAGUAACUGAAACAUCUACCGUGUCCUUGGGACCAACUCCAGAUGCAGCACAUAUGUUGAACGCAACACCUCAGACAAUUGAAACUUACACUCCGGUUCCGAGAGCUUUGAAUACAGUGAUGAGAUGUGAACCACAAGCAGUCCUUGACAAUCAUGAUGUCGAAAGUUUGGCAGCUACAGUUGCUGAAUAUGGUGAUGAAAUUGAAAAUAUCAUACUACAAGAACGACCCCAAGAUGUUAAUUUAUUAUUUCUGAGGGACAAGAAUUCUCCAGCCUAUACAAUUUUUCGACAAAGAGUGGGAUACUUAAAAGCAAAAAUGAUAGCUAAUAAAUUAACACCAACUGAUAUAAAACCUCAAAAAUUAUCAAAUCAAAUAGUAGCUACAGACUUUGAUAGUAAAGAUGUAACUAAUAAAAAACGUAAACGUAAAAGUCGUUGGGCAAAUGAUAAUGUUAAAGUUCCAGUUACUUCAACAAUUGGUGGUACUCUUCCUAUUGCCAUUGGUCAAACUAUUCCCCAACCAAUUAAUGCUCAAAAACUUGUCGGUGUGCCUGGUAUGUCUGGACCCAUGAUCAGUCAAGUUGGACGAAAUGAUCCUGCUUUAAUACAGUAUGCCAUGCAAUCAUUUGGAACAAUAAAUUUAUCUGAAGAAGAUUGGAAAAAAGCAGAAGAUCAUUAUAAAAUUAAUUUGUUAUAUCAAGAUAUGUUAAAAAAACGUCAGCAAUUAGAAAGUUUACAGAGAGCUGGAAAAUUUAAAUAUGAAUAUGAUAGCGAUGAAGAUACUGAAGGUGGUACAUGGGAACAUAAAUUAAGAAAAGAUGAAAUGGUUGCUACUGAAAGAUGGGCCGAAGAGUUAACUGAAAAGUCUAAAGAUAAACAUCACAUUGGAGACUUUUUACCUCCUGAUGAACUCGCUAGGUUUAUGGAAAAGUAUUCCGCUUUAAGAGAAGAUCGCGAGCCUGAUUUGUCUGAUUAUAAAGAAUUUAAAUUAAAAGAAGAUAAUAUAGGUUUUCAGAUGUUACAAAAACUUGGGUGGUCUGAAGGGCAAGGAUUAGGAUCUGGUGGUACUGGUAUCGUCGAGCCCGUAAAUAAAGGAGGAUCUCAUAAUGAAAACCAUGGAUUGGGUGUUGAAAGACCGUCAGAACUCAGACAAAAUGAUGAUGAAUUUGAUGCUUAUCGAAAACGAAUGAUGUUAGCUUAUCGCUUUCGCCCUAAUCCUUUGAAUAAUCCUCGAAGACCAUACUACUAA